UUUUGGCCUGCAGCCUUUGGAGAAGAGCGCGUCGGAUCGGCCCGCCCCGGGUCUGGGCCAUGCGGUUCUCCGCUCUUCUCUGCCUGCCCCUGUCCGGGCUAGCGUGCAGCUAUGUGGAAGUCCCCUGGAAGAACGCCACUGGUGCGACCUCGUACCUCAUCGCCAGGACCAUGGAGCUGUCGGAUGUCUUCAACUCGGUGACUUACAGCAUCGAAGCAUUUCCACGAGGAAAAGACGGCAAGUUCGGCUUCGUAGGCCCCAUGAGCCACCUCAGCCUGCCGGGCCCGGAGUACACCUGUCUCUUCGACGGGCUGAACGAGGCGGGCCUCUCCGUGUCGGCGCAUUACUUCGCUGAGGCGGUCUACGAGGAGCCCGCGCCCGGCAGGCAGCAGAUCAUAGCCAAGGACCUGGUGCCGUUUUUGCUGGCGAACUGUUCCUCCGUGGCAGAGGCCGUGAGUUUGUUGGCGUCGGUGCAGGUGGUGAGCGCCAAGGUGCUGAACUGGGGCGGGCACUGGGCCAUUGCGGACGCUGAGGGCAACUCGGUGGUGGUGGAGUACCUUCAGGGCAAGCGGGUCGUUUCGGAGAAUCCUCCCCGAGUGAUGACGAACGAUCCUGAGAUCCGAUGGCAGUGGAGGAACUUGAACACCUACGUGAAUCUAAGCCCGAAGUAUCCUUGGCAGAACGACGUGGUGCAGGUGAAAGUGGACGACGAUAUAGGAACCAUCCCGCGGCCAAUUGGCCAUGGGUGGAAUUUGUUCGGCAUGCCUGGGGACUUCUCGCCGCCCAGCCGAUAUGUACGACUCUUCUACCUGCGCGGGUAUGCCGUGGAGAUGAGUUUCCCGAAGAGCCUCAAUGACGCCAUCGUGCUCGGAACUGCCCUGCUGAACAAUGUCUUCAUUCCGUAUGGCACCGUGGCCAGCGACCCUCGGGAGAAAGGGGACAAUGCCGAGUACACACCCUACGCCGUGCUCAAGAGUCCCAAGGAUAAAGUGAUGAUGGUGCGAGGCAGGGUGUUGGUGCUUCGCAUGCAUUUGAUUGAGCCGCCGUGUGCCAAGGCCGCCUCUUGCCGGCGAUCUUCCAUUUGUUUUUGUGGUUGGGCUGGGGUGGCUGGGGGGAGGUUAGUGUUUGACCACGACCAAUCCCGACUCAACUGCCAAGGCACCUCGGCCACUUUUUUGUGCGAGUGCUCCGUUUCCGCUUCCCGUCAACCGACACAAUGCGAAUGUCUAGCAGAUUCCGGGGGCCAAGACCAAUUCAACCAAUCAGACCAAUGCUUGGAGGCUAUAGGAACACGCAGUGGCGCAAGAUCGAUCUCGAGCGCCUGGACAUGUUCACCGCCCACAGCUGGCCGCUGGAAGACGGGACCAUGGGCAUCCAGGACAUCACCGAAGUUGGGCGUCCCGCGGAGACGAUUUGAUCUUUGAAGGAUCGUGCUGCAAAUGCGGAUUUGCAUUUGCAAUUCGCUGCAAAGACAGCAAUCUAUCUAGCUUAAGCUUUUGCGAUGUGGCAGAAGCAGCUUUAGUUUGUAGGCACCUUUUAACCAACGAUGAGGCCUUCAUUCUUGCACGGAAGAGAUCGGCGUGAGGAAACACAGUUUCUAGCAGCAGGACUGUCUCUGUGAGGCUGCCACUGUGCUGAAGUGUCUUCGAUUGUUUACCCGGUUUUGAGAAGAGUCCUUAGGGUUUGAGGACGAAGUUAUACA